AUGUCUAUCGACAUAGGCUCAAUAAAACACUUUAAACCGCUAUUAAACACAAGUAAUCUUCCUCGCGAAGAACCUUAUCGAUACGAUGGUUUUAAAACCGAAUCAAAGAUCCUUCCAAAAGGGCACAAGAAACGAGAAGAUGCACGUGCCUUUCCAGAGGCGGUCCAGUGGGAUCGUGAUCAACCUGUCAAGCUUCAUGAUGGAAUAACAAUCUAUUGUGACAUCUUUCGUCCAGCUGACUUAGUCGACGAAAAGCUACCGGCAAUCUUGAACUGGUCACCUUAUGGAAAAAAUGGAAGUGGUGCGCUAAAUCUACAUGUCAUACCCUUUCAAGCAUGUCGUCCUCAGUCAACUAGAUCAGAUUAUGAAAGUUUCGAAGGUCUUGAUCCGGCUGAAUGGUGUAAACGUGGAUACGCUAUUAUCAAUGCCGAUCCUCGAGGAUGCUACGACUCAGAGGGUGAUAUCAGAAAUAUGGGAACACAUGAAGGUCAAGAUGGAGCUGAUCUUGUUGAAUGGAUUGGAUCUCAACAGUGGUGCAAUGGAUAUGUUGGAUUGGCUGGCAACUCCUGGCUCGCAAUAGCUCAAUGGUGGAUAGCUGCCGAGCAGCCAAAACAUCUCGCUGCCAUUGCACCUUGGGAAGGAGCUUCUGAUCUUUAUAGAGAAGUGAUCUGUUUGGGUGGAGUUCCACACAUUGAUUUUCACGAGAUAUUAAACUCAAUAUUCAUUUCCAAUGGCACAGUAGAAGAUCAAAGUGCAAUGAUCAGAGAACAUCCCUUAUACAAUGAGUACUGGGAAGACAAGCGUGCUCAAUUCGACAAAAUUCUAGUGCCGAUGUACAUAACGGCAUCAUAUUCGACUGGUCUACAUACUAUGGGUUCUAUUCGGGCGUUCACAGAGGCCAAAUCAUCGAAGAAAUGGCUAAGAAUUCAUCCUACUCAGGAAUGGUAUGACUUGUACGCACCCGAAAACAUCGAUGAUCUUGAUAAAUUCUUCAGUAAGUAUCUGAAAAAGACAAAUAACGAUUGGGAAUUGACUGCCAAAGUGCGACUCUCUAUUCUGAAAUUCAAUGGAGAACCCGUAUUUAAUCAGAAAGAAGAGAACUAUCCAAUUCCCAAUACUGAAUACAAGAGAUUCUACCUAGACAACGAUACAUCAACUAUGAUUCCCAGUUCACAUACAAAAUACAGCGCAUUGACUUACAAUGCUGAAAGUAUCGAUAUAAAAGAUGAAUUAAUGUGGAAACUUGUUUUCGACGGAAAAACACGACUCGUAGGCUUCUCGAAGGCAGUUCUCUACGUCUCCACAAAGUCCCAUAAUGAACUCGAUAUUUACGUCCAACUUCGCAAGUUUGAUGCAUCAGGUAAAAUCAUCGAUCACAUCAACUUUCCCAAAGAAGCACUUCGUGCUUGCGGAAUGAAAGACGAGAGUGAAAUUCUCAAUACGAAUAUUUUCAAAUAUCGUGGACCGAAAGGUGCAUUGAGAGUUUCUCAUCACAUCACCAAAAUAGAAGAUGGCGGCGAUGAUAUCUCGCCGAAAUAUAAACAUGAUCGGUCCAAGCCACUAAUUCCAGGUGAGAUUAUCAUGGUUGAAAUACCAUUUUGGCCAAUUGGAAUUGAUUUUGAAGCUGGAGAAGGUGUUGCUUUAGUUCUUGCCGGACAUGAGUUGCCAUAUCCUGAGUUCCCUCAAAUGAAACCAAGUACUCAGAACAAAGGUUUUGCUACUAUUCAUGCCGGUGAUCAUUAUCCUAUUCUAAAAGCUGCAGCGGAAGUAGUACCAACAAAAACAAAUAAGACUUCUGAUAAAUUGAUCAAAUCUCGAAAAGAAAAUGGUCGUUAUACAAAUUCCUUCAAUCCAAAAUUUAAAUUUCCCAGUCCGGCACUUGCUAUCAAGUGGAAAAUGAGUACAGGAGUCAAUACACAGCUAGCAUAUUCAAAAAAAGAACUUGAUAAAUUUUUACCGAUCAUUCGACAUAACAAUUCUGAAGAACUAUUUCGAACAACAUCAGGUAUACGAUUUAUCUGGAUUGGACAUGCAACAUGUUAUAUUCAAAUGAAUAAUUUUCGAUUUCUUCUUGAUCCGAUUUUCAGUAAACGAUGUGGUAUAACUUCAUUGAUCGGACCAAAACGGUUUCGUCCGCCAGCAUUAACAGUCAAUGAUCUACCUGAAAAUCUCGAUGCAAUACUGAUUUCACAUAAUCAUUUUGAUCAUCUAGAUUUUCGUAGUGUACUCGAUUUAAAUAAACGUUAUGGUGCACGGUUAACAUGGUUUUGUGGUCUUGGUUUACGAAAAUGGUUUCUUAAAAUGGGCAUACGAAAUGUGAUUGAAUUGGAUUGGUGGCAAAAAUAUCAUUUUGCAAAAAAAGAAAUAAACAUUGCCUUCUGUCCAGCUCAACAUUGGAGUCGUCGUACUGCAUUUGAUAUGAAUAGAUCCUUAUGGGGUGGUUAUGCUAUUUGGAAUACUCAACAUAAAUUUUAUUAUGCUGGUGAUACAGGUUAUACUCAUAAUAUCUCAAUUUUUCAACAAAUUGGCAAACAAUAUGGUCCCUUCGAUUUAAGUGCUAUACCAAUCGGUGCUUAUGAACCACGAUGGAUGAUGGAAGCCCAACAUGUAUCACCGGAUGAAGCUGUUCGAAUACAUAUAGAUGUUAAAUCAAAACAAUCGAUUGGCGUGCAUUGGGGUACAUUCGCUUUAGCGAAUGAAUAUUUUAUGGAACCACCGUUCAAACUUUCUCAAGCCGUUAAAAACAAUCUACUUAAUUCUUCAUCAUUUAUUGUACUGAAACAUGGUGAAGUGUUUGCUAUAUCUUAA